AUGAAGAACUUCAUUGGUAUCUUAGUUGCAACCGUUGUUGCUAUCAUAGCAAUUGCAUAUUAUGUGCCACGGUACGAAUUAUUUGAAAGGAAGUCACCGGAAGCCGGAGAAAUGAGAGAUCAGAUUGAAAGCGUGUUCUUGGCAUCCUGGAGAGACUACUAUAAGCAUGGCUGGGGAUAUGAUGUGUAUGGCCCUAUCGAGCAUACUUUCCAUAAUAUGCCUCGCGGCAACCAGCCGUUGGGCUGGAUUAUCGUAGAUUCGGUGGACACUUUGAUGUUGAUGUAUAACUCCUCCACACUACACAAAAGUGAGUUCGAGGCAGAAAUUCUGAAGUCGGAGGAAUGGAUAAACAACGUCUUGGAUUUUGAUAUUGACGCUGAAGUGAAUGUUUUCGAAACUACUAUUAGAAUGCUUGGAGGUUUAUUAUCCGCGUAUCACCUCUCUGAUCUAUUUGAAGUGGGUAAUAAGACCGUCUACUUCAACAAGGCGGUCGAUUUGGGGGAUAGGCUUGCUUUGGCAUUUUUAUCCUCUCAGACCGGAAUUCCAUACUCUAGUGUAAACCUUCGUAGUGGUCAAGGUAUUAAGAACCAUGCCGAUGGAGGUGCGUCUUCUACCGCAGAAUUCACUACGUUACAAAUGGAAUUCAAAUACCUGGCAUAUUUGACGGGGAACCGUACUUACUGGGAGUUGGUGGAGCGUGUUUACGAACCAUUAUACAAAAAUAACGAUCUUCUGAAUACCUACGAUGGAUUAGUUCCAAUUUAUACUUUCCCGGAUACUGGGAGGUUCGGUGGUUCGACUAUCCGGUUCGGAUCAAGAGGUGAUUCUUUUUAUGAGUAUUUACUAAAACAAUACCUACUGACGCACGAAAAGCUUUAUUAUGACCUGUAUAGAAAAUCCAUGGAAGGUAUGAAAAAAUAUUUAUUAGCACAAUCCAAACCUUCUUCUCUCUGGUACAUUGGGGAAAGAGAACAAGGCUUACAGGGACAAUUUUCCCCAAAGAUGGAUCAUCUCGUUUGCUUUAUGGGAGGAUUGUUAGCAUCGGGCUCUACCGAGGGCCUUUCUAUCCAAGAGGCUCGCAGACGUCCAUUUUUCUCUCUUUUUCCUGAAAGGAAGAGUGACUGGGAUUUAGCUGAAGAAAUAACUAACACGUGUUAUCAAAUGUACAACCAGUCUUCCUCAGGGCUCGCUCCUGAAAUCGUUGUUUUCAACGAUGGAAACAUAAAACAAAGUGGUUGGUGGCAGUCGUCUCUGGGUGAUUUUUUUGUAAAACCACUCGAUAGGCAUAACCUACAAAGACCAGAAACGGUGGAAUCGAUCAUGUUUAUGUAUCAUUUAUCUCAUAACGACAAAUAUCGUGAAUGGGGGGCCAAUAUCGCAAAUAGCUUCUUUGAAAAUACUUGUAUUGAUUGUAGCGACCCAAAAUUGAGACGAUUUACAAGUUUGAGUGAUUGUAUCACGUUACCUACAAAGAAAUCUAACAACAUGGAAAGUUUUUGGUUGGCAGAAACUCUAAAGUAUUUAUACAUAUUGUUUUUAGACGACUUUGAUUUAACCAAAGUUGUUUUCAAUACGGAAGCCCAUCCCUUUCCAGUGCUAGAUGAAAAAAAAAUGAAAUCGCAGUCUCUAACUACAGGUUGGUCAUUGUAG